AUGGACGAGCUGAUUGAGUGGGUUGUAAUAUACCCUCAAAUUUUUGAUAUUUUAGAGCAUAUUAAAUAUGUUCCCACAACUCUUUUGCAGCGAAUUCGCUUACAUCGCUCUUGGUCAAAAGUAGACUACGAUUUAUGGUUUUUGUACGCGUCUGAUGAAAAACGAAAGGGCUGUAAAAUCGAUUGCUAUGGGCAAUUGUACUCAUAUGAUGAGUUCCUUGUGCUUGAAGAUCAAAGAAUUGCCAAAUUAAAUGAGCUAGCUAAAACUCGCAGUUCUAGCGAGAACUCAUACUUUUUACGACAAUUGUUAUCAAAUGCAAAAAUAAAUCAUGUUCCGCUCGUUGAAUUGGGUGGUGAGCUUUUCUUCCAGUUCAAUGAACCUCUGCCCACCACUCUUGUGCAAACAGAAAGCGUUAAAGAAAAUCUUAAUCGUGUAAGUCCUUUUCUUGUAAGAAAGCAGCCUUUGCUCCUGGCUGGCCCAGAAGGCAUGGGAAAGACAUAUUUUAUAACUCAAAUUGCUGCCUUACUUGGACAAAGGAUAGUUCGUAUCCACCUUACGGACUCUACCGAUCCUAAAAUGCUAAUAGGAACGUACACUUGCCCUCGUCCAGGUGAAUUUGAAUGGCAACCGGGUGUUUUAACCCAAGCUGUGAGACACGGAAAAUGGCUUUUGUUAAGCAAUAUAGAAAAAGCACCUGCCGAGGUUUUAAGUAUAUUGUUGCCUUUGCUAGAAAAACGACAACUUGUAGUUCCCUCCCGAGGGGAAACUAUUUAUGCAGCAAAUUCUUUCCAAGUUUUUGCAACGACUUCUUCAAACUCCACUAUAUUGGGACAAAGACUUUGGAAGACUAUUGAGAUGGUUUCUGCUCCUCAUGAAUGUAUCGAAAUUGUUUCAACAAUAUAUCCAGAGCUUUCUUCCAUUUCCCGUACCCUAUUUUCUGUUUAUAAUGAUAUUUAUGAUCUCUUUUUAAAUAGAACAUUUCUUGCAGUUUCUAGGGUAUAUCGGCGGUUAUGCCUCCGCGAUUUUUACAAAUUUAUGAAGCGCGUUGCUUUUCUGUAUAGACAUUAUCAUGUGUCUGUUGAUCAUACAACAAUCCCCCAAGAGCUUCAAGAUGCUGUUUUUAAAGAAGCUAUUGAUGUAUUCAGUGCUUUUAUACCAAAUAAACAGGGUAUAGAUAAUGUCGUGCGUAACAUUGCCAUUGACUUAAAUGUAUCACCUGAAAAAGCUGAGCAUUUUUUCGAAACCAUUCCUUCUUUCCAUGAUUCUGAGACUGCGGUCACGGUUGGCAGAUCUAAAUUGCCCAAAGUAUCUUCUAGUGGUUUCUCUAGUAGUAAUCCAUAUGCUUUUACUUCUUCCUCUUUGUCAUUGCUAGAAAAGAUAUCUGUUGCUGUUCAAACUAAUGAACCUUUACUGCUUGUUGGUGAAACAGGUACGGGUAAAACAACUACCGUACAGCUUUUGGCUAAUUUGUUGGGUCAAAGAGUCACUGUUAUCAACAUGUCCCAGCAAACAGAAUCAUCAGAUAUGCUUGGCGGUUAUAAGCCCAUAAACGUUACUACACUAGGCCUUCCUUUACAUGAAGAAUUCUUGAGUCUGUUUGAAACCACUUUUAGUGUAAAGAAAAACAUGAAAUUUUUAGCAGCAGCCUCUACUUCUGCCAGAAGAUUUAGAUGGAAAACCUGUUUAAAAAUAUGGAAUGAGGCCUUAGCGCUAUCUAAAUCGCUUUUCUCCAGGACGCGGUCUCAGGAAAACCCUGUGAAGCGUCAAAAGAGAUUGGCAAAUCAACCAGCUUUAGAAAAUCGUUGGAAAAUGUUUAGAGAAGAAGUUGAACAAUUUAGUAAAAUGCUUGAAGGUGGCUCAAAAAGUUUUAUGUUUUCUUUCGUUGAAGGUGCAUUGGUUAAAGCUAUACGUUCAGGGCAAUGGGUUUUGUUGGAUGAGAUAAAUUUAGCAUCCAUGGAAACCUUAGAACCUAUUGGGCAAUUGUUAAAUUCUUAUGAACCUGGCAUCUUACUAAGCGAUCGUGGUGAUGUUAAUCCUGUUACACCUCACCCUAAUUUCAGGUUAUUUGGUUGUAUGAAUCCUUCAACGGACGUGGGCAAACGGGAGUUAGAAACUUCGCUUAGGUCCCGUUUUACAGAAAUCUACGUUGAAUCUCCUGAUAGAAACCUUUCAGACUUAUUAUCAAUCAUAAGUAAAUAUAUAGGAACUCUUUGUAUUGGUGAUGAUUACGUUAUUCGUGAUAUUGCCGAGUUAUACCAGAUUGCCAAACGCCUUUCUGUUGAUGGUUCCCUAGUUGAUGGUGCCGGACAGAAGCCUCAUUAUACCAUUCGUACAUUGAGCAGAACACUAUGCUAUGUGGCAGAAAUUGUACCUAUUUAUGGUCUUAGACGUUCCUUAUAUGAAGGUUUUUCUAUGUCAUUCUUAACUUUGCUUGAUCAAAAUAGUGAAAACAUACUAUACAAAUUUAUUGAACGCUAUACGUUAGGAGAGAUAUCGGUUCAACAGAAGAAUGCUAUUCUUAGGCAAAUUCCAAAACGACCGGACGUCGGUGAUUAUAUCGCCUUCUGUCACUAUUGGCUCAGAAAGGGUUCAUUUCCUGUUAGAGAUCAGGAACAUUACAUUGUAACUCCCUUCGUACAAAAAAAUCUCCUAAAUAUUACUCGUGCUUGCUCGACUAGAAUGUUUCCAAUUUUAAUACAGGGUCCUACAUCUAGUGGUAAAACGAGCAUGAUCGAAUACAUAGCCGGUAAAACGGGUCAUAAAUUUGUGAGAAUUAAUAAUCACGAACAUACCGAUCUUCAAGAGUAUCUCGGCUCAUAUGUAACGGAUGACAAGGGUUCUUUGGUUUUCAGAGAAGGUAUCCUCGUCGAAGCUCUUAGAAACGGUUACUGGAUUGUACUUGACGAGCUGAACUUAGCUCCCACUGACGUUUUGGAGGCUUUGAACCGUCUUCUUGAUGAUAACCGUGAAUUGUUCAUUCCCGAAACGGAAUCGCUCGUGAAACCACAUCCUGACUUUAUGCUAUUUGCAACCCAAAACCCGCCCGGUGUUUACGCUGGUCGUAAACACUUAUCUCGCGCAUUUCGAAAUAGGUUUUUGGAAAUUCAUUUUGACGAUAUUCCUGAAAAUGAACUUGAAACUAUUUUGCAUAUGCGUUGUAAAAUAGCUCCGUCUUACGCUGCAAAAAUUGUUCAAGUAUUCCGUGAACUUUCUCUUCGUCGCCAAAGUACCAGAAUUUUUGAACAGAAAAAUUCCUUUGCUACUCUUAGAGACUUGUUCCGCUGGGCUUUUCGUGAUGCAGUAGGUUAUCAACAACUCGCUGAAAACGGAUAUAUGCUCCUGGCAGAACGAGCACGCGAUCCAAAAGAUAAAUUUGCAGUACAAGAGGUGAUUGAGAAAGUGAUGAAGAUCAAAAUUAAUACUGACAAUCUGUAUAAUUUGGACUUUAUAGACUCAAUUAGGACUGAUGCUAAAGUUGGUCCCCUUGAUAAUGUCAUAUGGACCGCGCCAAUGAUUCGGUUAUUUUCCUUAGUUUGGCACUGCCUUCAAGCUAAGGAGCCUGUUUUACUAGUUGGUGAUACCGGCUGCGGUAAAACCACUGUGUGUCAGGUUUUGGCUGAAUGUCUCUCCAAACAAUUACAUAUUGUCAACGCUCACCAAGAUACAGAGAAUGGCGAUAUUAUUGGAGCUCAAAGACCUUUGCGUAAUCGAUCUCUCAUUAACAACACACUUCAUAUUCAACUUUCUGAGAAGUUUAAUGUAGCUCAAGAGGAUUACCCUGUUGAGGACUUGAUCUCAAAAUUUGACAGCCUUUCUCAUUCAGAAAAAAAUGAUGACUUAUCUGUUGUUAUUGAAAAACACAUAAAAAAGAUUAACUCCUUAUUUGAGUGGCACGAUGGUGCCCUUGUUUCAGCAAUGAAAGGUGGAGAUUUUUUCUUGCUUGAUGAAAUUAGUCUUGCUGAUGAUUCUGUACUUGAAAGACUCAACAGUGUUCUUGAGAUUUCGAGGACAUUAACAUUAGUUGAACAUAAUGAUGCUGCUGCUGUUUUAACUGCCGAGGAUGGAUUUGCAUUUUUUGCGACCAUGAAUCCCGGAGGUGACUACGGAAAAAAGGAACUUUCUCCUGCUUUGAGAAAUCGAUUUACAGAAAUUUGGGUACCUCCAAUGACUUCGGUUGACGAUAUUCUUCAAAUCGUAGAAGGGAAAUUAAUUCCUACCAAAAAACACCUUGGUGAACCAUUAGUACAAUACGCUCACUGGCACAGUAACGUCUACCAGAGUGGCAACAUAAUAUCAAUUAGAGAUGUUUUAUCGGCCGUUGAUUUUAUAAAUUCUUCUGAGCUUAGUGACGAUAAGGCCAUAUUAUUCCAUGCUGUUUCGAUGGUAUUUAUUGACGCACUUGGUGCUAUAUCCGCGGUUGGUUUUGGCAGAAAUAGGAACUUACUUUUUGAUGAGCGUAACAAAUGUGCAUCCAAAUUGGGUGCACUUUGUGGAAGUGAUUUUACAUACUCUGUUACCGAGAAUUUAAUGAUAAGAUUUACCGAAUCUUCUUUCUAUAUUGGAGACUUCGAUAUCAAAUUGGGAUCUAACGUAAAUCCUGACUCCACUUAUAACCUCAGGACACACACUACCAAAGUUAACGCUGCUAAGGUGGUUCGUGCUCUGCAAGUUCGAAAGCCAAUCCUUUUAGAAGGCAGCCCCGGUGUCGGCAAGACAAGUCUGAUAUCGGCUUUGGCCCGAGAGUGUGGUUAUCCAUUGGUUCGAAUUAAUCUCUCUGACCAAACUGAUUUAAUGGAUCUUUUCGGCUCUGAUGCACCUGUUAGUGGAGGUGAAGGUGGCCAGUUUGCUUGGCGUGAUGCUCCGUUCUUAUCUGCAAUGCGUCAUGGACAUUGGGUUCUUCUUGAUGAAUUGAAUUUAGCUUCUCAAACAGUAUUGGAAGGCUUAAAUGCUUGUCUCGAUCAUCGUGGUGAAGCUUAUAUACCAGAACUGGACAGAGUAUUCAAAGCGCAUCCAACUUUUAGAGUGUUUGCGGCACAGAAUCCACAAAACCAAGGUGGUGGCAGAAAAGGACUUCCUAAAUCUUUUGUUAACCGAUUUACUGUAGUCUAUGUCGAGCCUUUGCUGCAAAGCGAUAUGCUUGAAAUAGCUAGCCAAAACUAUCGCCAAGUUGAUGAAAACAUGCGAUUGCAUAUCAUCGAGUUCAUGUUCAAGCUUCAAGAGUAUGUUGAGAUUGAUGCUUCGUUUGGAGUUAGUGGUAGCCCAUGGGAGUUCAACUUACGUGACGCCAUGCGUUGGUUACAGCUCUUAUCUGAAGCCGAAAAAUAUACAUGUGUUUCUCCAGCUGAGUAUUUGGAGGUUGUGGUAUUGCAUCGAAUGCGAACAAAUAAUGAUCGCCAACGCGUGAUCAGGCUAUUUGAAGAAGUGUUCGGUGUAAAAUAUGAACCACGCAUAAUUAGUUCUGAGCUAGAUUCAAAUGUCCUGAAAGUUGGCCAUUCAUUUCUGGAGAGAAGUUCACUCACUCAAGACACAGCUUUAGACGACACUAAGCUGUUGCAAUCUCAAUACGAUGUGGUCGAGUCUAUGAUUACUUGCAUAAACAAAAAUUGGCCUUGUAUUUUGGUAGGUCCUUCGGCUUCUGGUAAGACGUGCACUAUUCGACUCCUUGCAGCUGUCUGUGGCGUAGAUUUGAAGGAAAUGGCAAUUAAUUCGGAAAUUGACACCAUGGAUUUAUUAGGUGAAUAUGAACAGGUUGAUAUUUCUAGAAAGAUUUCUGCCUUCUUGUUGGACUUGUCCCAUAAUGUUCUAAAUCUUCUUAUAGAGCACAGAGACCUUGAGGAAAUACUUAAAGGGACAUCACUUUUGAGAGUUUUACAAACCAGCUUUGUUACACUUGAUGAAGGCCUCCAUACUUUGGAGUGGGUAAUAGCCGAAAUUCGAUCUAUUCGACAUCAUACCGCCAUCUUUAAACACUUGCGACCAUACUUCACUCUGGCAGGCAAGCUAAUUAAAGAAGCGUCUGUGCCCGCAACAGGAAAAUUUGAAUGGAUAGAUGGCUAUUUAUUAAGAGCAGUCGAGAAUGGUCACUGGUUGGUUCUCGAUAACGCCAAUCUUUGCAGUCCCGCUGUGCUUGAUCGUCUUAAUUCUUUAUUAGAAUACGGCGGUACUCUGACUGUUAACGAAAGACCCACGGAAUCCGGAAUGCCAAAGGUCAUAAAGCCUCAUCCUAAUUUCCGACUCUUUUUAACAGUGAACCCUUUUUAUGGAGAGCUUUCAAGAUCGAUGAGGAAUCGGGGUGUUGAAAUUUAUAUGUUGAACAAUGGUCUAACGUCUUUGGAUCAUCGUCAACUUUCAGUGCUAUUACCUUCCCCCAUUUGCUCUGCCGUAGACGCGGGAUCAUCUAGCUUUUCUUUUGUCAUUGACAUUCAUAGACGUCUAAAUGAGUUUCCAACAACACUCGUAUCACCAUACGUAAUAGCCGCUGUUGUCUUUAGCUAUUUCUCGAAUGAUCAGUUGGAUUGUCUAAAAAAACUUUCUGAUGAUAAUAAGAAAACGCUCUCAAUUGAGAAGUCACCUUAUAUACACGCGUUGGAACAAGCUGAUUUUUCGAAUUGUCAAACUCCUAAUGAGGUACUUACCUAUAUCAAAGCUUAUGAUUAUCCGUUGUUAUCAGCAUCAAUGAGCCUUGUUUCUAUUAUGAACGAUUUCACAAAUAUCGCAUCCUCAAAUUGCGGGUCUGAAGUAUUUUGGAAGGCUUAUUUGUUGAACAUUCUUUACGCUGCUCAAUUCGACUUAAAGCAUCUUAAUCAAGAAGUUUAUUCUUCCGUACAAUCUGGCUCUAUAAAUACUUACGUUCUUAAAAGCGCAUACGCAUUCUUACAUGGUGUCUCUUAUUAUAAAGGUGCUUUAUCUUCAGUUUGGAAGCUUUUGAAUGACCUAAGUGUUUACAUUUACAAUUCAAUUGAUAAAUUACGUAAAGACAGUUCGUUAGCAAGUGUUGACGAUCUUCAAAAUUUUCUUAACUUAAUUGCACUGUGGAAGAGCAUGUAUGAAUGGACUGGUACUUUUGAGUUCGAUUUCAGUAGGUUCCAUUGCUAUUCAUUAAUGCUUAAGGAAUGGUCAUCUAAGUUUGUCUCUGAUCAUAACUCAGAAUAUUUAGAUGCCCCACAUAAUCUCAUUAAUAAAUUUACUGAGGCGUUGCAGUUAUCUACUGGUGAACAUAUGCAAAAUAUUUGGUCCGAGUACCAUCCGCUAGUACCCAAAACGAAGGAGCACUGGUCGUUAUGGUCAAAAAUUGACAUUCUGUUAAAGGAAUAUUUGCGUGCAAAUACUCCUUCUUUGGGCAUGGAAGCUACAGCUUCUCAUGUUGUUACUACGACUUUAUCAUUGCUUAUGAAAGUGACUCAACAACAUGAAUCUCAGGAUUUGCAGUCAUAUAUGCAAAUUUUGGAAGAAGGUGUAGUAGCACUUAAAAACUCUAAACAGGAUCAGCUUCCUGAAGCAUUUUAUUCAACAUUCAGUUGUUUGGCGGCCUCGGAUCUAUUAACAAUAUACACAGCCGAUCUCAAUAAUUUCAGCGUUUCAUCUGAAGCAUUUACAAAUUAUGUGCGCGCUGCUCUGUAUACGAGAGGCUCAAUAAGUCCACUAUCCGUCCUCACCAGUCUCAAUUUUAAUGCAUCUCAAAUUCCUUUUGCAAUUCUUUUUGAUUAUGAUUUCUUUUCUUUAGUUAACGGAAAAACGUUCGAUUUAAUCACACGUGCCUUUGCUUCAAUUGAUGAACAACUGAAUAUGGCUUCUGUUAAAAGAUACGAAGAUAUGCACCACACCCUAAUGAGGCAUAUAACUGAACGUUCUAAGCACUUUACUGAAAAUCCUUUAGAAAGAGCUAGUAUCUUGCUGUUACAACGGAUUCCGCUGCUCAUAAUUCCUGAAAUCAAAGGUGAUAGACUCUCUGCAGAUGAGGAGAAAAUAAUAAGACCGUUGACAUUACCAUACGGAGAGUUGAAAGAGCAAUCCGUUUUAAUUGUGGAUGAUAUUGUGUCCUACUUGGAAAGUAGUGCACGUUUCAAAACAUCAUACAAAAAGCAUAUUUUGAAUGCAUUAGGUUAUUUGCGGCAGUCGUUGUCGACCGCUAAUCAUGAGAAUGCCUGUAAGAAUCAGGCUGCUGCUUACAUCCAUUUUGCGUAUGGUUUGUUGCUUGCCUAUGUUCCUGAUAAGCCUUAUGAUCCAGCCCUUCUACCUUUAUUAUCUUCUGCAAAUGGCAAGGGGGUCUUAAAUUCGCUUUCUGGAGAGCUAGAAGUUGUAAAGAUGAUGGAAGAUAAUAAGUCUGGCAAGGAAGAAAACCUACUCACCAAGUCAAUUUCUUUGCGCAUGGAGGAAAUAAAUAAGUCUAUUCCGACUAGUACUGGUGUUUUCCGUUCUCUUGAAAGUAAUAGUACCUCUUUGUUUGAUGAAUUGCGAUUUUUGAUGGAUAACGUUGUGAAUAACUCAUACGCUCUCGAUUUGUCAUUAAAACUUAUGCAAAACCCAGACAACUCGACGUUAGAGGAAGCUAAAAUAUUCAAAUAUAAAUGGACUGCUUUCGUUGGAAGAUUGCGUGAAGCAUAUUCUCAAUAUACUGAUAUAUUCGAGAUAGUUAUUUCUUUGAUUAGUUACAUCAUUUACGGUAUUGAUAUGCUCGUCGCACAAGCUAGAAGGUUGCUGGACAAUCGGGUCAGUGCAUCCGCUUCUUUGAUGUCUCACUUAGUUAGUCCUAAGAAAUUAUCAAAGCCGCUUUUGUUCGAAGAUGUGCAGGAUAUUAUACGGUUAACUUCUGACUUACAAUUAAAUGCAGCAUUGAAAUUUGAGGUUUUAUUGUUCGCAACGGCGAAACUAUGUAAGGAGAAGAAUGACCUUCCUCAAUCUUCGGCAGCCAAGUCAUUCACUGUUUUGGCAAGCGAGUUUUUCGCAUAUCAUACGAAAAUUGUUCAGAAAGAGCAAGAAGAGGAAGAAGAAAAACACAGACUUUUCCGCCAGAGAGGCCUGAACCUUGAGAAUAACGAAUACAUGCAGGUAUUUAUAAAUUAUGAUGAAGAAGUUGAAGAACAACCAGAAGAGAAACUAGAAAGAACUAGAUUUUCUCAGCUUCAAUAUGCAUUUUGGACUCUUUAUAAAAGCUUUUUUAUUGGGACUGAAGAGACAUGCUCUACCGAGCAGCUUCUAGACAUUGGUUCUUAUUUAAUUAGAAGGUUAGGACUUUCAGAUUUUGAAAAAUCGAUUUCCGCGGACUUCGAUAUAGUGGCUGCCGUUCUCUGUUUAGGUGUCAAAUCUUCCAAGGAUGCAGCUAACUAUUGGUCACCUCCUGUCUACAACUUUUACUCUGAUCCGCUCCCUUUUAAAUUGAUUGAAGUGCGAGAAAUACUGGUAGGGUUACAGUCACAUACCAAUUCGUUAUUGAAAUCAUGGCCUGAUAAUUUUGUUUUGAGAGGUCUGAAAGAGGCUACCGAUUUAACACUAGGUAUGUCAGUUUUUACCCCCAUAGCACAAAUGUUGGCCAAAAUUGAGCGGCUGCAUCAUUUAUUGUCAGAAUGGGAGAAGCUUGCCAGUCGACAGUUUUCUUUAGUAAGUGACAUGGAUUUAAUUAAAAGUAAAAUUAUUGAGUGGAGACAAUUUGAGCUAUCGAAUUGGAAGAACUUAUUAUUAUGGGAAGAAUAUAAACUCGUGGAGAAAACGUAUCCUCGAUUAUAUACCAUUUUGGAUUUUGUGAUAUUGCAGCCUCAUUUUCGAAAGUGUACCUUGGACAAGCUAUCUUUGAACGAAAUCGCCUCCGUCAUUCUGCAAUUUUUUAACGGCUUGAGUGUUGGAGAAUAUCGUCCCUGUCUCAGUAAUUUGCUUACUUUCGUAAAACAUUUGGAAGUCCUGAACGAAUGGGAGGGGUUAUGUGCUACACUUCAGCAAAUCUAUUCUUACCUAAAGUUAUUUGAAAACAAUAUAACACACUUUAUAGAUGUGCAGCGUGAGGAUUUAGAGAAGAAAAUCAAGGAAAGAAUAUUACUUAUGAGCUGGAAAGACACCAAUGUCUAUGCUCUUAAAGAGAAUGCCAGAAAGAGUCACAUGGAGCUGUAUAAGACCUUACAUAAAUAUAGAGAGGUUCUGCGCCAACCCGUGACUCCUCAUAUGUCCCAAAAACUCCAUUGGGAAAUGUUGCUUAAACCAAUAAACUUACACACAGAAACUUUGAAGGAAGAGGUGACAGUCGAUUAUUCUGGUUUGGCUCUUGAUAAUGCCGUCUAUGCGAACUUGCCUGCCAGAUUUUACAACACGGAAUCAACUGUACAAGUGAUGAAAUCACUCUUGAAGUUUUCAUAUCCUGCUAAUACUUCGUUUACACAAGCAGUUGACGAAAUAGUGAAUAGUGCCCAUGAAUUGUUUAAGCUUACGCCAUCUUCAGCUAAUGAUGAGAAUAUUUCAGAAAUUAAAUAUUUGAAGACCCGAAAACAUCUGCUUAUGGUAAAUACUUAUAAGACCCUGCAUGGCUUUGGCUUUCAAUACAGGGUUAGGGCGGGUGUAGAAGAAACAAUGAAAUCCCUCCAAAAUUUGUUUUCGAGUAUACCUGCUUUCCCAAAGUCUUUUGAUUUGAUUGAUGAUCUAAACACAUCACUCUCAACAGUUCUCGACUUGAUCCCCAAAGUACAUCGUCUACCUGGUAAUCAGCAUGAUGACCUUACCACGCCAGAAGUGACAAGGGCUAUCGGACUUUUUGAUAGUGCUCUAAGUUGGUUACUUGAAGAACGUUUGAGUCUAGUUAAUUUUGCUAAAUCUCUGGAACGUAUCAAGUCUGCGUACCAAGGUAUCGGAAUAGACGAGUCUUUGAAGCUUAAUUUUACCACCUCAAUGUUCAAACAAGCCGAUAAUUUUAAUUAUAAGGACUUCAAAAAUUAUUUAACGGAAUUAUCGACAUUGUGUUCAAUUUAUUCAGUGGUUCUAUCUAAACAUCAUCAAAUAAUAUCCAACGGUGGUUACGCAUCUGUAUCAACUCGUUUGUCAGAAUACAGUUCGCAGUUCGCAAGAGAUAUGAUUGCCCAUUCAAAUCCUCUCUUCAUGUCCGACCAACAACUUGGUUGUUUGGAGUCCACAAAGGCAACGGUAAAUGAAUUAGUUUGCUACAGUGAAGAUCAUGCCUCGUCUAUGCCUGAAGCUUUGUAUUGGUCAAAGUCCAUAGUAUCUUCUGUAAAACCCGAGUCUGCGUUUCUGGACAAGAAGAUUAGCGAUUUGGAUAUGCGUUAUCCGGCCUUUGAAAAAUUGACUGCUUUAUUUGAUCAAAUACUGUCAUCAGCAGAGGAGGUUUCUAAAUGUGUCAAAUCCUUAGAAAGCGAAAACACUGACAGUACUCUGUAUGACGAAAGUGUUUUAAUCAAUAAGCUUCUAGCUGCAUUUAAGCUUGACUUGUUUGUAUCCAAGUUGUCCGACCUCAAGAAGUUCUUUGAAAACAAAGACUUAGAUUCGGAUAGUAUGCGUCUUUUUAUGCACUUUCUUCCUGUAUGUGAACAGUACAUUUUUUCAGCCGAAAAAGCUUUUACAUACAUUUUGGUAAAGCAUGUGAAGGAAUCACGAAGUUUGCAUAAGAUUGCUUCAUUAUUUUUGAUGGUUGCUUCCAACGGUUUCUGUACUCCUGACAUUCCUCAAGACGACGAAAAUGCUCGGGAAGGCGGUGAUUUGGAAUCCGGCACUGGCCUUGGCUCUGGUUCUGGUGCAAAAGAUAUUUCCGAUACCGUGAACGAAGAUGACGAUCUCGAAGAACUUGCAAAUGAAGAGGACACUAAUGAACAGGACGAACUGGAGGAAAAUUCUGAGGCUCGUGAACUAGAUACAGAAAUGAGUGGUGCUACUAAAGACGCACCUGCUUCCGACGUCGAAAGUAAUUCAGAUGAUGAAGAAAAAGAACUUGAUGAGGAGAUAAAUAAAGACAACGAGGGGCUAUCUGAAGACCUAAAUGAGAAGAUGUGGGAUGAGCCCAAUGAAGAAGACUUGGGUGGAAAUGAAGAGAAGUCUAAUGAACAAUCUGUUCAAAAUAACACUAGCGACCUUGUUUCCAAAGAAGAGGAGAAUGGUGAUUCCAAUGAGCUGGAAACCCCCGAAAAUAAUAACAAAGAAGAGGAAAGUGACAGUGAUGCUCCUGGUAUCGAGGAUGAAGUUCAGCAAGAAGCCCCGGAAGACGCUCCGCAACAGCCGGAAAACAAUGAAAUCCUUGAGCUUCCAGAUGACCUGAAGCUCGAUGAAGGAAAAGAGGAAGAAGGCGGUGGUGACGAAGAUAUGCCGGAAGAUGUUGAAGAUACUAAGGAAGAAGUUGAAAAAGAAAACGAAAAAGAGCAGGCUGAAGAGUUUGAAGAAUAUGACGCACAAGACAAUAUAGAGGAAGAUAUAAAAGAAGAGGAAGGUUUUGCUUCUCAGGAUGAGGCUGUGAACGAGGAAGAUCAGGCGAAUGAAGUAGGUGAAGCAGAGGAUGAAGGAGAAGCAGAAAAUGAAGGAUCUCCUGAGGACGAUAAAGAACAACAAGAGAAUGCGCUUGAUGAAGAAGUUCCAGAAGAAAAUUACAAUGAGGAUGCUGCAGACGAGCCCAAAGAUAGCACGAGUGGACAGGAUGAUGCUUCUAAGUCAGCAUCAGCUCAAAUGGACUCUGGAGAUACAGUCGAUGCUGCCGAUGAGGAUGUUACUGACGGCGAUGCUGAAGGCGCUGCUGAAAGUGGCGAGCAAGGGGCAGGUGCUACUGCUGGAGAACAAAAUGAUGCUGAAGCAACAACCGAUCAAGAGAAUAAAGCAUCAGAGGAAGCAGAAUCUGCAGACAGACAAUAUCAAAGUCUUGGUGAUCAGUUACGCGAAUGGCAACGAGCUCGUCAAAUUCAAGAGCGUCAAACAGAAAACACUGAGAAAGAAGCUGAUAGCCAGCAAAAGAAUAUUGACGAUGCUACCGAGUUUGCUCACAUAGCUGAGGAAGAAGAAGAAGAUACUCAAGCUUUAGGCAACGCUGAUAAAGAGCAAGUUAAAAGCCUCAAUGUUAAUGAAGACCAAGAAGAAGAUGUGAACGCUCCUGAACCUAUGGACAUGGAUGCUCAGCUAGACGUGAAUGAUAGUCAACCAAAGGAAGAUCAAGAAACAAGUUUGGAGUCAAAACAAGUUUCCGAAAGUACAGAUAAGUCAAGAGUUGACUAUUUAAAAACCGGAAAUGUAAUUCAUCAACCUAGUUUUGAUCAAGACUUAGAGGAGUACGACGAUAUUGAAGGUGCCAUGGAGAAUGAAGGUGUUAUUACAACCACCAAAGCCCCUGCUUCCAUCUCAAUAGAUGAGGCUCGCGUGAGUUGGCAGCAGCAUGAGGAAUCAACCAGGCAGCUUUCAAUCGAGCUCUGUGAACAACUUCGUCUAAUCUUGGAACCCACUCUAGCAACCAAGAUGCAAGGUGAUUUCCGCACGGGUAAGCGUCUGAACAUGAAACGGAUUAUUCCAUACAUCGCAUCUCAAUUUAAGAAAGACAAAAUCUGGAUGCGCCGCGUAAAACCUAGUAAGCGAACGUAUCAAGUUAUGAUUGCAAUUGACGAUUCUAAAUCGAUGAGUGAAUCUAAUAGUACAAAGCUUGCUUUGGAAACUUUAGCCUUAGUGACGAAAUCCUUAUCUUUGCUUGAAGUUGGUCAAAUUGCAGUGAUGAAAUUUGGCGAUGAGCCUGAAUUACUCCAUCCUUUUGACAAACCUUUCUCCUCUGAAGUUGGUGCAGACAUAUUCUCACACUUUUCUUUUGAGCAAUCCGGAACAAAUGUUUUAUCUCUUACGGAUGCCUCUAUGCGUCUGUUCAAUUAUGCUGGUACUAACCUGCAAGUGAGCAAUAAGACUGAUCUGAGACAGCUUGAAAUUAUCAUUUCCGAUGGUAUUUGUGAAGACCAUGAUACUAUUCGUAGAAUUCUUCGACGUGCUCAAGAAGAAAAAGUAAUGAUUGUUUUUGUUAUUCUUGACAAUGUUAACGAUAUGAAAAAAUCGUCUGUGCUGGAUAUCAACAAAGUACACUACAUUACAAAAGAAGAUGGAACUAUGGAAUUGAACAUUCAACCAUAUAUUGAUGAGUUUGCUUUUGAAUACUACUUGGUAGUAAGGAACAUAGAAGAACUUCCUCAGUUGUUAUCUUCUGCCUUACGACAGUGGUUUCAACAAAUGUCUAGUACUUAG